UUCAGAUCUGCUCUUCCUCUCAUCUCCAACUCUCGUUUGCUUAUUGCCUUUCCUUUUUCAAACAAAGGGCAAGAACUCGACCUCCUACCCUGCACGCCAUCGUCAAUUGUUUCUGAAGAAUUUCGGCGGUUUCUAUCUAAUUCAUCUGCCUUUUCCGGCGAUCUCGCUAUUGUAGUUUCGUCUCAUAUUUCGACAUGGCCAAAAAGAAGAGGUCGAAGGCUCGUGAGGAGGAGAUGGAGGAUGAGGUCGAGCAGGAACCAAGCGCCAGUCCUGCCCCUGAUAAGGCUGGAACUGCAAAAAGCUUAUAUGAUAUUCUAGGUGUUGAAAAAACUGCAUCACAGCAAGAGAUUAAGAAGGCAUAUUAUAAGUUGGCAUUGCGUCUUCAUCCUGACAAAAAUCCUGGAGAUGAGGAUGCCAAAGAAAAAUUUCAGCUCUUACAGAAGGUAAUAUCUAUUCUUGGUGAUACUGAAAAAAGAGCAGUCUAUGAUCAGACUGGUUGCACCGAUGAUGAUGCUUUUACUGGGGAUGUGGCGGAAAGCUUGCAUGAGUAUUUCAGGUCAAUGUACAAAAAGGUUACAGAAGAUGAUAUUAUUGAGUUUGAAGCUGCCUACAGAGGAUCAGAUUCAGAGAAAAAAGAUCUGAAAGGUUUAUACCAGAAAUUCAAGGGCAACAUGCAAAAGGUUUUCUACUACAUGAUAUGUUCAGAUGAAAAGCUGGAUUCACACCGUUUCAUGGACAUAAUUGAUGAAGCUGUAGCUGCAGGAGAACUGAAGGAUUCAAAGAAAUACAAGCAAUGGGCUGCAGAAGUCUCACAAAGAAAGCCCCCAACAGAUCCACUGAAAAAGCGUGGGACAUCAAAGAAAGAUGCAGAUGAUCUGUUUGCCAUCAUAUCUCGACGCCGGGAAGGCAGGAAAGAGCGUUUUGACUCCAUGUGUUCAUCCUUUAUAGCAAAAUACUCUAAUGGAAAGGCUGACCUUGACCCUGAACCAACUGAAGAAGAAUUUGAAGCUGCUAGAAGAAAGGUGGAGAUGGGUAAACAGCAGGGAAAGCGAAAGAGAAAGUGAAAUUGCUCGGUGUGCUUGUGAUAAUUGAAGCCAACUCAGGAAGAGGAAAUUUCUUGGAGGAACUGUGUGUUUUAAAACGUUUACGUUCUUUUUAUGGGUAGAAGAUUGACCUGCCCGCAAGGAACCAUUUUUUUGCCCAUCUGUUUGACAUGGUCUCCUUUGGAAGUGUUUUGUCCUAAUUUUGGGGAAAGGUGAUUCAAUUAGGUUUCCUUCAAUUUUGUUUAUUAACAACUUGCAUUGCUGAAACCAGGCCUUUGGUCGUGUAAAGCUGGUCUUGAUAAGGCAAAUUAUGGGCUAAUUUGCCCCCCUAUAACUGGACCCUACAGCAUCUUCAGGAAUCAAACGGUAGGCUAAUUUUAAACUCAAUCGUCUGAA